AUGCAGUCGUCCUCGUCACAGCGUUCGUACGCCCACCGUCGGUCGCCGCCCGGCGAUCCUGGCCCGCCGCCCAACGUCCCUAUCCGCUCCAUUUCUCCUGCUAUUGGCGUCCAGCCUCGCUCUUCUACAGCAUCCUCAAGAUCUGGGCAGUCUACAAGCUCCCGCAGAAUGAACCGUGAAGGCUCCGGCAGCGGCUCCAACAUGCCUCUGUCCCAGAUCGAAAAGAGCGUCACCCACCUCCUCGUUGCGACAAAACAGCUCCUCGAAACACUGACGCAAUGGUCCCGAGGCCAGGCCACCGAUGCCCAAGUCUCCGACGUCUAUGUGCGGCUAGGCUACGAGUUCAAUAUGGCGUGCCGAGCCUUUACCGCCAUCAACGUCGACACUUCCGACCUGGGUAAUGUUCCUGACCUCUUGCGACACAUUCUCGAGGCCACCCUGAGCCAAGAGGCGAGCUCUGAGAGCUUGGAGAAGUACUUGCCCAGGAUACGAGACAUUAUAAUCAACCUGCUACAUGGCCUCAAGCGCAAGCAACAGAGGCUUCGCCAGAAGCAAGCCCGAGACCGCGACGGCAACGCCGCCCCCGACAGGACCGCCAGCGUCAGCACCGUGGGCAGCGGCAACAGUGGAUUGACCAACAUGUUGGAGGAGGGUUUGGAGAAUGGGUUUCAGCCGGAGCCGCAGCCGGUUGAACCUGCACCCCAACCUUCACCGGGAAUAAACCAGUCUCCCAGCCGACGAUUCCAGCGUGAUAGGUCUAGAGCAUCUGUCAAUUCAGAACAAUCGUCGCUGUCCAGCAACACGAUGCAGAGUAUGCCUGUCGUCCCGCCGUAUCCCGAAGCCGACACGACAAUGCCCUCUGCACCAUCCGCAGAGCUGAAUAUCGAUUCAUUCCCUCCGCCACCGCCACCGCCGCCGGAUAACACGUCGAGCGCCCUGGCAGCCCUGCAGAAGGGUGGUGACCUGGAGCGGCGAGCGUCCCGAAGAUAUUCACAGUAUCAAAUAUCCAAGCACCUCGGAGGCGCGAAUGGUGUGCCCAUCCUUCCACCGCAGACUACACCGGUACCGAACAGGGGCAGGAGGGAAGCAAGGGAAUCACUGCGCGCUGUGCAGGUCCGAGAAACGCUACGGCACAAUCGCAAUACAUCAAACCAGUCGCUGCGAUCUGCUGCGGUCGAAGCCUCCCCAGUCAGGAUACCAAGCAGCGUGUCCGAAGAGCCCGCAGUUGCCGAGCUGCCUACGAAUGCAGAUAGCCCCGUCGCCCGGACCCCAGAUGACAAGUAUGCCGCCAGUGCGACACUCAAUGGCCCGCCCACUGAUCCCAUCUUCAUGAGCGACGAUGACCCGAAGGAGGACGAAGCCAAGCUUGCAAAAGCUAAGCUCAACCCGGAUAAUCCACCAACACCUCCACCGAAGCCUAACGACUCUUCGUACUUUCAAGACUCUCCACCGCCGACCCCCACUAAGGAUCUCACCUUGUUCCUCCAGUACAAGUCCAAGGUGAAGAAAUUCGUUCUGCCGGAGGGGCGGGAUGAGCUUUCCAUUGGACGACUACAGCUGGCAUUUAUCGAGAAGUUCUCCUGGAACACUCAACAAAACGGCGCUGACCUGCCGGAAAUAUACAUCCAGGAUCCCGUUUCUGGCGUGCGCCAUGAAUUGGAGGACCUGACUGACAUCAAGGACCGGACUGUGUUGGUCCUUAAUGUGGAGGCUCUGGAUGAAGUGAAGCGACAUAUUGAUGACGGCAUCGCUUCUCUGACCCAGAUCGUACGUGACGUCAAGCAGACUGUGGAUGAUCAUGGCGCCGCCAUCCAGCGCGUUUCAGACCGCCAGCAAGAGUCUGCCAACGAGAUGGCCCGAAUGACGCUGGCGCCCGUAGUAGCCCCCGCAGCCGACGGUCCCAAGGCCCUCGCUGCGACUGGCCGGAAGCUCGACGCUGGCCACAUCGGGGAGCUUCAAAGUCUUCGCCGCGAUCUUGCCGUCAUCCGACAGACGUACUCCAAGUUCCAGGCCGAGAUCCAGGACUCAAUGUCAACAAUCCGCAAUAAAGCUGCCAACGUUAAGAUUGCUACUGCCAAAGCGGCGAUUCCCGACACCGAUGGAGAUGGUGGCUACUCCUAUGUCACUAACGGACGGAAGCAGCUCAACUCCGACUCCGACAGACUGGUUGGCAAGGUGGACGACCUCCAAGAUCUUAUCGAAGACCUGCGCAAGGAUGUUGUGCACCGCGGUGUACGACCUCUGCCCCGACAGCUGGAGUCGGUGGCCAAGGAUGUCACCAUGUUGACCUUGGAGCUGAAGAGAAUGGAGGAUUACAUGGGCCAGGAGAAGCCCAUCUGGACCAAGAUCUGGGAGAAGGAGCUCGAGGAUGUCUGUCAAGGUCGUGACGAGGUUCGACUUAUGGAAGACCUUUUGGUGGAUCUGCGAGACGAUCUUGAGAAGGCCUCGGAGACAUUCACCCUCGUGGAGCAGGCCACCAAGGAGCAGAUGAAGGACAAUGGCACCGGCGCCAGUGCAGGCAACGCCCGCCAGUUCUCCAAGGGCCUCAACAGCCUCGGAAACAGCUCCGACCCGACCGCCGCCAAGGAGGGUGUGCUCGGCGAGGUCCGCGCCCUACAACCCAACCACGAAGACCGCCUCGAGGCCAUUGAGCGCGCCGAGAAGUUGCGCCAGAAGGAUCUUGAGAGUCGUGCUGGCAACCCCAUCUUCCGCGAGAUGGUCACCGUGGUUACCGAGGGCAAGCUCAAGAAGUCGGGUGGUUUCGAGGAGGUUGAGCGCGCCCGCAAGGCCAAGGACGACCGCAUCCGCCGCGAGGUCUGGGAGCGCCAGAACGGAAUCAUCCCGGAUGAGCCCAUCGGGGAGGACGGAGCCGAGCCCGAAGCCGAGGGCGAACCCGGUAGCCCACCUCCGGUUACGUCGGACGGAGAGGCCGGCCCGGAGCCGACCAAUGGCGCAUAG